AUUUUCAGAGGGCGAAUGGUAGAGGAUUAUAAACGAUAUAUAUUUUUGUAAAAAAAGUAUAGUGGCCCCGUGGAAUUGUUGGGGAAGAGAAGAACUGGGGAAAGAAUCAGUGGAACAGUGAAGUUGUUCAAGGUAGGCGAGUGUUGGGACUGAGGGGAGGAACUUGAGGAACUGGUGUUGCUGGGCACCGGUGGAUUAUUCUCCUGGAUUAUUUUGAUGAUUUUGGGGAUUUGGUGGAUCCAGACUAUUUGUUCGUUGAUGAUGGUAUCGGUUUUAUUGGUAAAUUUGUGAACAGUUUGGGGGGUGAGAACGGUUGUCAGGUGGAGAGUAUUGAGAGUGGCAGUGGCUCGUGUUAAUUCGGUGGUGGAUUAAUCGGGGAGUUGAUGGCAGUGUCGGUGGAUGUGGAAAUGUGUGAAUUUUUUUUGUGAGGUAUGAUUGGGGCCAGUGAAUUUUUUUUUGGCAAAUUUUUCACGAUUUUUUUAAUGAAUUUUGAGUGGUAGAGCUGUGUCUGGGCUCUUUGCUGUCUUACCGACCGGCCGGUGCAACACGAUCGACCGAUAAUACUCUGUACUCUUUCACCCGUGGUGUACAUGGGGUAGCAACGAGGUACCAGUAAUUUUCGUACUCUGAAAUCACCAGCAAGCACAUCUGGUCGACUUUAUCCCCAUUUAUUUUAUUUAAAAUCGUUAUUGCCGAUUUAUCGUUAUUCAAUUGGAUGGGGGGAAAAAAAAUGGCUGUUAAAAUUUAUUCAUAAUUUAUCAGCUGGAGGCUAUCACAAUCGACGGGGGCAAAAAAAUUUUUUUUUUCUAAUGAACCAGUCAGCGAGAAUUGAUAACGGAGUAAUUACGAUGGAGCAACAGUAGCUCAAGUGAUAGUGUGAAAGAGCAGAGUCAGAUGAAAAGUUGACACUCGAGAUUCUCUAAACCUUUGGCUGUUUGAUUUCACAUGUUUCUUACUCUACGAAUCAACGUCUGGAUCGUAUCAGGAGGAUUUAUAAAAUCACGGUUGUUGCGAAACAGGGGAGCUUGUGUUGAGAUAUAGCGGAUGAACUGAACGAAUUUUCUUAUUUCACCAGUGGUAAUUACGAUAACGUAAGUGGGAGAUUUUGCUGGUGGGGUCCAAGCAAUGACCUUCGGAAAUACGAGGCCGUUUGUAUCGUUGGGUUUCCGUGUCGUGCACGCGACCAAGACGGCGCCAAAAUCGAAAUAUUUUUUGUUAAUUUGAGCAUAAAAUUCAUCGAGGGAGACAAACACGUGAAAAUCCCAGAUCGAUACUCAGCAUCCCUUCAGAGAUAACCGAGGGGUGGAAAAAGGUGGAAAGUCCUGGAGUCUGCGAUUUUUCUGAAGAGAUCUCAGGUGAGGAAGGUGGAGCAGAAUUGGGAGGCGAAACAAGAAAAAAACUUGGAAAGAAAGGAAAGGAGAGGAUAAAAAAUCAGGCAGCCCCUUUAACGUGCCUUGGAAACGAAGAGAUUCCUCCCGCGUAUCACCUCGAUCGAGACCGUUCCUUGGAGCCUCUAUGGAACACUACGCCAGAGGAAUUGUACGUACCCGCCUUUUCAAAACCGGUUUCGUUCGGCUUGGUAAAACUGGCGUUUACAUUGGUUGCGUUGUGGGAAGCAUGAGCCAGUAAGAAGUAAAAAGAUAAUAAAACCGAAGAGAAGUUGAGGAUAAAAAAAGCAUCCAUUGAAAUAAAAAUAUGAUCAGUGAUUUUUCUUUUUUUCCGAAAUCGAGUAAACGAUAAAACGGAUAAAUUUACGCAAGGGCACACGCUCGGCUGAUACCAACCAACCAGAGAGCUCGAACCAGUGAGCGUGCAAAAGUAACUGCCUAAUCAACCCAAUUUACUGUGAUCAACGGUGAAAUAAUAAAAAGGAACUAUUCAAAAAUGGAAUUAAUUUAUGCAAACAGUCACCACAAGUUGCUUGGGAUUGGCCAGUGCAUUGUGGACCGUUGCAAGACUUAAAUACCACACUGCUGCAUUAUCCGUUGAUAUAAGAAUUAAAAUUUCUGAAUGAUAACAGUGGUUGAAGUUUGUAGUGAUGAAGCAGUCGGCGAGUCCGCCAGCAGCUGCCCAAGUGCAGUCAAUGGUAUUCGGAUCGAGAAUACGACAGGUUGAUUAUCGUCGUCAGGUAUGCGAUACUGAUUACGAUGAUGAUAAAACAAUAAAGAUCAGUCUCAAUGAGAGUAAGCAGACUGGCAAGUAUUCACCGAAGAAGGAGGACGACGGUAAGACCAAAUCACCGGCAAUGUCGAGGAUGUUAGCCGUUGAUGCUGACAACUAUAUGCUGAGAAAGGGUGCAAAUAGUACGAAUUGUACUGGUGUUGCAACAGGUACUAACAGUGUACAGAUGACAACAUUACCAGUGACCAGUGGUGGACAGUGUAAUGUUACUAAUGUUGUACUUGGUACAUCAUUGACUGAUCGCAAUCAAUCCAUAUUUGGAAUAAAUAAUAAUGCCAAUUGGCAGCAUGGCAGUCAAAAUGUUACGUACACCUCGGGUGGAGGUGAAAUUGAGUGCUGUGGUAAUGUCGAUGGUGUUGUUGGUGAUAAUUGUGAUACGUUGACCACGUGCGAUGGACCAGGUGCAUCAUCACCCAUCAACGAUAUCAAUUCCAUUGACCAGUCAUUUGGUACACUGGGUAAUUCACAUCAGGAUACUCAUGACGAGCGCGAGCGCAACGUCAAGCUGAGGAAUAACGGAUGGCCAACUCGACGAAUAGCCAAUCAACAGAUAUUAGGGAAUAAUUCGGCAUUUGGACAGACAAAGCAUAAUGGAAAAUUGCUCGAUAAUGCUCUGCUCAACAGCAUUGCACUUGCCAGUCAGAGUUUGAUGCAGCCCAAGGUCAGACGUGAUAACAGAUCGAGAAGAAAUUCGGAGUGUGAAUUGUCGGAUGAGGAUAUUGGGAGUAUUGAUACGUGGUGUGGUGAUAGCAAUAGGCAUGAUGUGUCUUGUGCUCGUCCCGUAUCCUUUCAUCGUUACCUGUGCUGGUGCAAUGAUUUUAAAAAUGAUACUGAGAGGGGGGAGGCUAACGUUGAUAAUGCUCUGGUGAGGGGCAGGAGGGAUGAGUCACCGCGGGCCAAUGGCAAUUGCAAGAGUCAAAAUGGGGUUAGGGGUUUACUUGAGAAUGGUAGCAGUGGAAAAAUAACCGUAACUUAUCAGAGACAGAGUCAGGCGUAUUCGCGUUUAUGUUGCUGUAUGUGUGGUUCUAUGUGUCCUCCAGAGUGUCACGCCUGUUUUCACGUUGUCUGCAAGGAGUUCAGUGGACAACACCUGUGCCAAUGGGCCGAGAAGGGACACGCACUUCCGGGACAGGUCUUCGACAAGGACAAGCCGGUGAGUGAGUGGACAUCUCUGAAUGUCGUCGAGUGGAUGUCGGCCCUUAAUCUUUAUCGAUAUGCCGACGUAUUUAAAUCCAAGGACAUCAAAGGGGCCGAUCUCCUGCAGUUGGAUCGGGAGAAGCUGAUGAAUAUGGGAAUAAAGGAUGAGUUUCAUCAGAAGAAUAUCCUGGUGUGCAUCGAGGAGCUCCGCCAGACCUCAACAUCACCAUCAUCAGACACAUCAAAGUCAUCAACAUCACUGUCGAGCAAUGACACUAACAUAACCAGUGAUACUGCUGUUACAAUCGGCAGUGGUAAUCAGCAUAAUCUAGUACCUCACAGUUUCAGUGUUUUGGAGAGAUGUGACAAGUGCCACAAAUAUCUUCGGGGUCUCUUGCAUCAAGGAUUCUUAUGCCAAGAUUGCGGUUUGGUCGCCCACAGAACGUGCACAGCAACGGGUUUGCCCACGACUUGCGUACCAUCCGAUCCAGAGACUCGCAGCAAUCGAUUGACUUCAGUUUUUGGCCUCGCCCUGUGCUCGCAAUUCGAUGCAUCUUCAUCAAAAGCACCGGUUCUCGUUGAAAGAUGUACCUUGGCCCUGGAGGAGAGGGCAAUCGUCGACACAAAACUCGAUCUCUACAAAGUAUAUCACAACAGUUCGCCCAACGAACAGGUUAUUGAAUUGCGACAAAAGCUCAACCAAGAUGUCUACAACGCUGACUUGAGCUCGUACAGUCCCUAUUGUAUUGCCAGCGUAUUGAAAAAGUUUUUACGAGAAUUGCCGGAUCCCAUUAUUCCUGUACAGUGGUACGACAGAUUCUUAGAUGCUGCAGGUUCGAGAAACGACGAACAAUGUGCUAUGAGAUUAAAUCAAUUGGCAUCAGAGCUCCCGGAGCAUCACAAAAGUACAUUGUACUAUCUAAUGUCACACUUUUGUCGUAUCUGUCAAUUACAACAUGCACGCGGUUACACCGAGCCACCAACAAUUCUCGUUCAAGUCCUCUGUCACAUAAUUCUCAGACCCCCCUGGGAGCGUAUCAUCCAAGUUGUAUAUAACACUGAGGCUCACAUACGGAUAAUGGAAUUGCUGUUAUUGCACGGUAAUUGGGGUGAGAGAUUGCCAGAAUUUGCCAGUGCGCCUCAAUUGCCACCACGCAAGGUAUCAAGACCUCAGUUUCCUAUUGAACCAUUUUCAACGUUGGAUGAGGAUACGAAAAUUAGUGAUCAGCAGAUGUAUCCAGAGAGCAAGGAUCAUCAAGUUCACAGGUCUCGAUCACUCCAGGAGGCCGAAUGGUAUUGGGGCGAUAUAACUCGUGACGAAGUGAACGAGAUGAUGGUAGACUCUCCAGAUGGUACAUUUCUUGUGCGCAAUGCGUCUUCCAAAGGUGGCGAGUACACUCUGACCCUGCGAAAGGGUGGGACAAAUAAGCUGAUAAAGAUAUGCCACCGGGGUGGAAAGUAUGGUUUCUCGGAGCCCUUCAAUUUUCACUCCGUGAUCGAGCUCGUGGAUCACUAUCGCAAUCAUUCCCUAGCCCAGUACAAUGCAACCCUGGACAUUAAACUGGUGUAUCCAGUCUCCAGGUUACAGCAAGACGAGGAGAUCGCCUCGACGACCAAAGACAUGCCUAAUGUCGUGCAAAAAUUCAUCGAGCUGGACAGAGAGAUGCACAAUCACAUGAAGCAAUACCAGGAGUGCUCCGAAUUGUACAAUAGAACGGCCUACGAGGUGCAAUUGAAGCGUCAGGCACUGGACGCCUUCUGCGAGGCAAUAAAAAUGUUUGAGGACCAGAUGAAACUCCAGGAGAAGUUCCAGAAGGAGGCGCAACCUCACGAAAAGUGCACGCUGAAUGAUAACGCUGAACUAUUGAGGAAUCGUCUUAAAUCACUGGAAGACAGCAAGGAACAGCUGGACGACAGCUUGAGACAGCAGAUUGCGUACAACAGGACACUUGAGCGUGAGAUGUACAAAUUAAAACCUGACAUGGUGCAAUUGAUGAGGCAAAGGGACAAGCACUUGAUGUGGCUGAGAAAGCAUGGAAUGAAGCAGACUAAGAUCAAUCAGAUUACGUUGAAUCAUUCUUACUCGAAUCCAGUGGCUGGUGAAUUAGCGUUGAAUGACUAUCAGGAGUUUGAUUUGGAUGUUCAUGCUGAUGAGAGAACCUGGUUGUAUCUCGAGGGGGGCAGAGAGGAUGCUGACAGGGUUCUAGCUGGAAAACCUGAUGGCACAUUCUUGGUCAGAAAAUCCAGGACUGGACAAUAUGCUCUGUCAAUUAUGUGUAAUGGGACCGUUAAUCACUGCAUAAUUUACGCAGCGGAGAGGGGUUACGGUUUCGCUGAUCCCUACAACAUCUACGAGAAUUUGAAGCAACUAGUCCUCCACUAUGCACAGAACUCCCUCGAGGAGCACAACGAAAGUCUAAACACAACCCUCACCUAUCCAGCAUUUGCAUCCCCAACGGAUUUAGCACGUCUUCAGACCCAACAGCGACUUAUUCUGGCGCAAACCCAAAAUCAAAUGGCACUUGUAGCUGCCAGUAUGCGUUAGGAUGAUUGAUAAUUUGGUUGGAAAACAAUAGACGUUGACUCGAUGACGAGUCUGAUCGGGGUAAAUAAAUAAAAUCCGCAAGAGCAUCAACCACCGUCAACAUAACAAUAAUUAUUCAAAAUCCGUGAGUCUGUCUUGCCGCUAUCAGCCAGUUUCUAUCCUUCCGAUAAAAACUAACGAAACAAAUAUUCCCAUUAUCACAUAAGUCCCCCAAAAUCCUCAAUUCCAAGGGGGAAAUAUUCACAAAUCCCAUUCUCACUAGAAUCUGAUGAAUAAUCUUUAAAAGAUUACAAACUUUAAAAACAGAAUUCAUACUCAUCGUCAUCCCCUUUCGACUUUAUUCUCCAUCGGUACAACGAAAUGUUUUUUCUUCUACGUUUUAAGCAAGAGGAAAAUAACUUUAAUGAAGAAAUCACGAACUAAUGGAAUGCCAAGAAAGGAGGAUAAUUUUUACGUAAUUUAUAAGUGCUGUGCCAGCCCCUUAAGGUGCGCCAAUUUUUUUUUUUUUUCAAAGUAACUCAGAGGUCGAUUUAUACAUAUUUCUCCCCCUUUUUAAAUAACAUUUUUUUUCUAGAGAUAACUAUCUGUGAUUUCAGAUCAAUAAGACGUGCGGUGGGUGUUUUAUUUUGAUUAAUUGUUGUUUCUUAUAUAAUUCCUGCUUUUUAUUUUCAAUUACUCCGAAUUCCUUGGAGAUAUCCACACCCAUUCGAUUUUUUUAAAUUCGUAUUGGUCCUUGUGUUGAGCACAAGGCAAUAGUCCCUUUAUAUAAUGAAAAAUAUAAAUAAUCGCGAAUAAUGUCAAAAGUAUAGAGGAGUGAGAGAUAGACGAUGGACAGACGUAAAUGUUCUUCUUCGUUCAUAUUAUUUUCAAAUUGAAUUAAUUGAGGCUGCGUUUAGGAGACGUAUGUAAUAUCUUUUUUAAAUAAAUGUAAUUAAUUGCGAUAAAUGUGAAAUUAGUGUGAAAGAUGAGAUGAAUUUAUUGAGGACGAUUAACGUAUGUAUGUUUUUUUUUUAGUAAAUGCACGUUAAAUUGCUCUCUACUUGUCAUCAACGAGUAAUUGGAAGAUAUAUUGCGCUGUGGGCGAUUAAGAGACGUUUAGUAUCUCGAGGGCGGUUUUAUUAUGCUAUUUACAUAAUUGUAGGAGUGUAGAAGUCAUAAUCGGUCCACCACCCCCCCUACCCCUUUUUUAUCCACAAGAUGAUGUUGACGGUAAAUCAGUUGUUAUUGUUUUUCAUUUGAGAUAAUUAGCUGGGGAUUGUUAAGAGUCACUUAUUCUCGUGUUAGGAACGAUCAGUUGUCGACUAGAGAUCUCAAUAUUGUAAUUGACGAGGACAAUUAUCAAUUCUGUAAUUGAUUUGACAUUUUCUGUAAAAUUCCCCAGUGAAGUGGUGAAAUGUCUCGGUUAAAGGGUACGAGCAGAAUUUUCUCGUGCAAUAUUUUUCCACUUCACUCCAGGAUUUUUAAUUCAUCAGUUGGGUAUUUCCAUUCAGUUUAGUUUGAGUUUUAUCUGGAUUAAUCGAGAAAUUUUGAAUUUACACGGCGGUCACAAGUGUAAAUUUCAAAAGUGUAUCGAAUUAAUAUCAGUUAAUUAUAUUGAAGAUGUUUAAUGAAAUGUUCUCGUUUAUUGCAUUACCAAAGUAGUGAAAAAUGAAUACAUGACGUUGCGAAUAAGUGUGAAUGAGUUUUUUACGCAACGAGUGGACGAGAGUAAGUGAUUCUAGUUGAUGAAUGGAAAAAUGAAAAACAAUAAAGAAGGAUUUAUCGAGUCAGUGGAACGACGAGGGUUGAAGUGACGAUGACGAUGAGAGAUUGACGUGCUAAAUUUAACUGCAAACUGAGAGAAUAUGAAUGAUAACUAAUGAAACAAUGAAGCCUCGAAUUUUUGUAAAUUUGUGUAAAAUUCAUUAGACGUACAGCUUUUUUUUUGUAAGUGUAAUACCGAGUGAACAUGGAGUUGAUAAGCCCUAUUUUAACAAAAUGAAGAUUGUUUAUAGUGAAUAGGUAUUUAAGAGGAGUCUAAGAAAUUGUGGGCAAUAUUUUUUUGUAUUAAAAAUGGAAGAAAUAAUGAUAAUUUGUACGAGGGAUUCAGCUCUGGAGGGCUGGUGUCAAGUGGGUCAGGGCUCGGUGACAAUGCAAGGGCACUCGAGCUUGUCUGACUCGGGUUAGAGCCUUUGAAUGCAUGCGAGUCUCUUGAAGGUGCUCCUGUGAUAAUUAAAAGAAGAAAAAAAAAAGUGAGGAAAAAUAAUAAAAUGAAAAACUUGACUCAAGUGAUUGAAGUAAUUUUUUAAAACGAGAAUAAGAUGAUGAGGCAGGUAUUGUGUGAUUUUUUCAUUCGUUUCACUAAUCGAAUGCAUGAAAAUAUUAAAGUAUCUUCAUUGCGUACAGCACUUGCGAUCAAAUGAUCUCAAUUCAUGCCGUUUAUGAGUGACUGAGUCACUAAGGAGUUGGCCUUAACGAAAGCAAUGGACAUUUUUUUUAAAUUUCUACCAAUUUCUGUUUUAAUAACUAUCAUUUUUUUUUUAUUUGAGAGAGAGAUGAAGUGAGUAGGAUGUGGAGCUUAUGAUCAUGUCCGACCUCGUCGUUUCACUGUGUGAAUACAAGGAAAUUAUUAGGUACAUAUAUAUCCACUCAAUAAUUGUGUAAAGGAAAAAUAUGAGAGAAAAAUGAAAAAAAUUCUAUAUAUACACACAUAUAUACACAUAUAUUUACAUAAUAUCUAUAUUUUUAAUUACUUUCGAAUGAACCUUAAGAGGCUGUAGUAUUUGUCAACAGGUGUUGGAGAAUUUUCCUCGGUUUAUUUAUUUUUCUUCAUUUAUGAGGGAUAAAUACACGUGAAUCGUAAAACCCAUCGCAAUGAGGGAAUUCAGGGAAAAAUGGGAGUACUUUUUCUGCAGAUGAUUACAUUUUCUCUUUUAUCACUUUUUAACCAUAUUCUAUUUUUUUUUGCACUGAUGGUGAGUAUUGCAGCCUCUCGGACCAUUAUUUGUAAUCAACGUAUACACCUGGAUAUUUCCAUUUCAUUGACCAAUUGGUUGGGUUUACGAGGAAUUUCUGUGGAGGCAACACAUCGCUUUCUGCUAUUUUAUUUGAAAUUUCAAUUUAUUGACAAAUAUCUGGAGCAAAUGGGAUAAGAGAGAAUAUCCUGACAAAACCAUUUUCUAUACACAGCUGGGAUGCUGCAAAAUUUUCAGACAUAUUUGCCAAACAAUUAUUUUGAUUAAUCUCCAGGAAUUUUUCGAUUCAUCUCUCGUUCGGUUCAGUUGCAAACCACUUGACAUUAAAUUUCCCCUGACAUUUGCAUGUCCAGUCUCUGGAAUUCCCUCCAAAAUACCUCGGUUUAUUCUCCACAAGGCCCCAUACAUAUUUUCCAUUUUAUUUCUCCACAUAUUCUAUCGACGUCACACACACAACGAUUUGAUUUACCCAGUGAACGAUUUAUUUUUCACAACUAUGCGUUCCGGCACGUUCCGUGUAAAUUCCCCGAAAAAAAAGUGCACUAAAAAAUUCCCCCAGUGACGAAAGGAGUGGAAUAAAAAAAAAAGUAUAAAAAAGUGAAUAUUAUUCCGUACGAAUAGCCCGCCUGCGGGCACGUAUGUAAAUACCACUAAAUCUCUUCUUUCCACCAAUUUUUUUUUCUAUUAAAAUUUAUGACGAUGAUCAACACGUUUAUUUUAUCUAGCCAUAGGGUCGUGAAUGUCACGACUAACGAACGUUUCGUGUGAGGAUAUAAAAACUGCAAGUGUUACCUCACUAUUUGUAUAUUUAACAGCAGUAAUAAAAAGGGGGUCCAAGCCCAUUGCUCAUUGGCCCGUAGAUUUUUUCGCUCUGAUGAUAAUCAUCGCUAUUGGUAUUUCGAUGAAGAGAUACGAGAGACAGAAUAAAUCACUGGACAAAAUUCUUCGCCGAAAUUUCCGGUGAAAGAUUGAAAUUGAUCAAAUAUUUCCAAUUCGCAACUCCGAUCUUAUCAUCUUCUCUGAUUUGCAGCGGACCGUAGGGAGAUAGCGUAAAUUUUGUCAAAAUCUUUUUUAUAGUUCGCAAUUAGAUCUGCAAAAAAGGUUAUAACAAGAUUUUUCAUAUCUGCAAUAAAUUCGGAGAUAUUCGUAUUUGUCUCUGACAUCCGUUUUAUGAACGUAAAAAAUGGAAAUGGAAAUUUUCCUGAGCCGCGAAUUUCACCGGAAAUUUCAGGCGAUAAUUGUGGGAAGUGGUAAAAACGUGAAACAAGAUUGGACGCCAGUUUUUAAUUCAAUUGAAUUGAGUGGAAUCUCGUUGGACUGAGGAAUAAUUAAUUGGUGAAUUUUCAAAAAGAUAGAUUCAAGAGAAAUGUGAGGAACGCAUUGAUAAUAAUUGUGAGCUUUUUCCUUUCUCGUGGAAAAUAAAAGAAUAAAAUUUACACAAGAAAUGGAAAACAUAAAUAUGAAACAUUUGUUGUCUUUCGUCGGGAGAAUGGAUUUAUAAUGUUGCCUUAGCUUUUGUACAAGUCAAGUGUAAGUGAAGUGAAAUGGGGGAAAUGCUUGACAUUGGCUGAGCAUUUUUUCGAAUUGAGAGAUACGGAGCAAAGGUGAAGAUAAAACAAAAUUGUCUGAAUAUUAAAACGUUAAUGACAGGUGAA